AUGAGAAAAGCCAUAGUCUUAUUUGCUUUACUAGCUCUGGGCUACUGCACAUAAAAUCCUUUGUUCUUAAAUGAAACAUACACUACUGGACUCAUAAAUAUUGGUAAGGACAGUGAUAUUUUCUAUUGGCACUUUGAAUCUAGAAGAAAUGCCACUGCUGAUCCUUUGGUCAUUUGGUUGACUGGUGGUCCUGGUUGCUCUUCUGAACUAGCUCUUUUCUUAGAAAAUGGUCCUUUCACUGUUAAUGACAAUUAAACAUUAGAUAGCAAUCCUUAUUCUUGGAAUAAUCAAGCUAAUCUUGUUUUUGUUGACCAACCUGUUGGAACUGGUUUCUCAAAAGCUGCCAACGAUGAAUUAGUAAGAAAUGAAGAUGAAGUUGCCGAAGAUUUCUAUGCUUUCCUCCUCGGAUUCUUGCAAUAAAAUCCUUAAUACAUAGGAAGACCUCUCUUCUUAACUGGUGAAUCAUAUGCAGGACACUACAUUCCUGCUAUUGGUGCAGAAUUAGCCAAAUAAAAAAAUCCCAAAAUUAAUUUAUAAGGUCUUGCUAUUGGCAAUGGAUGGGUCACUCCUAAAUUGUAAAAUCCUGCUUAUGGUACUUAUGCUUACGAAAAUAAGUUAAUCUCAGGAUUAUAAUACUAUGCUUUCACUAAACCUGUUUUGGCAACUUGCGAAGCUUUGAUUUCUAUCAAUGCUCCUCUUUCUCUUACUAACACUGUUUGUGGUUUAGGUUAUUAGUCAAUAGUUGGCUUUGGUCAAACUCCCAAGUUCAAUGUUUAUGACAUUAGAAAGUAAUGCCUCGGUUCAUUAUGCUAUAACAUGACAAACCUUGACAAUUUCUUAGCCAGAAAUGACGUCAAGUCAGCUCUAGGUGUUUCAGGUAGAACUUGGUAAGAGUGCUCAAACACUGUUUAUGCUGCUCUUUCUCAUGAUGAAAUCGUCAAUCUUGCUGAUAAGGUCGCUUAUGUUCUUGAAAGUGGAAUUAAGGUUUUAGUAUACAGCGGUGAUUAAGAUUUCUAAUGCAAUUACCUUGGAGGUAUCGCAUGGACUGACUCAAUGAAAUGGUCUCACUAAACUGAAUUCUAAAAUGCUAAAUAUUCUGAUUACAAAUUAAAUGGAUAGGCAGCUGGUAAAUUUAAGAAAGCUGAGAAUUUAGAGUUCCUCAUUGUUUACUAAGCCGGACAUUAAGUUCCCAUGGAUUAACCUUAAUUUGCUCUCUAUAUGAUUAACUCUUUUAUUUCCAGUUGA